UCCCUCCGUCCUCUAAAUCCCAGUUAUGAUCCAGCUUCUGCUAAAAUCAUCCUUAACAACGGGCACUCCACCAGUGUGGAGUUUGAUGACACCGUCAACAAAUCAGGUUCAUUCCAACUGAUCGCUCAAAUCUCUAACCUGAAUUUAGCUGCAGGUUUGGUUAUAUGUUUUUCCCCUUUUUGCAACCUAUACUCAGACUUCUUAUGUCAAGUAAGAGCCAAUACGGAACAACUGAAAUAGAUCCCAAGUAAUCCCUUUUCUUCUCUGAAAAGUAUUAUUGCCCCAGUUUUUUCCACGGGUAUGUAACUUCCCUUUUUGCAAACAAUAAUUCUUAUUUAGAAGUUCUCUGGUUUAUCAUAGUCUUUGAAUUGUUAGUGCCUUCAUCUUUGAAACCUUCUCUUGGAUUUUGGGCAAGCCAGCAUGCCUCCCUUUGAAGCUGUAGGAGUGCAGAAUCUUCAAGCAAUAAAAUCAUUUUGUGGCUGUGUGAGGCUUAGCUGAGGAUCCAAGACCAUAUGAUGCUUUCACAAGAAUCAAAGCCUGAGCGACAUUAAUUUUUGAUGACCCAUUAGUCCCGAGGAUUUACUAGUGGCAAUAGGGAGAUACAUAGAUGGAGAUACCAUCAUGUUUUUGUUUCCUGAACAGUCUUAGUUUUAAACUUUCUGUCAAUAUUUGAUGUUGCAUGAAAGCCACCAGCUGACCAUCAGUGAUCGGUCUGACCUUGUGUCAGAUGCCACGGAACUUCCCAGAAUUAAUUCCUGCUUCGAGCCUAGUAGAUGCUGGUGAACUAAAGCACAUCUCUUAGAAAAAUAUACACUCUUGAUUUCAAAUUUUCCAGCGAUGGUGAACCUACCACAACCUUUGGUAAGUUGUUCUAAUUGCUAAUUACCCUCACUGUUUAAAAGAAAAACAGGUAAUGAAUGUGAAUACACCGAGAACCUCUUCCACUCUCUUAAAUCCAUCCAUGAAGUGACAUGAACACUGAACACAGUGUUUCUCUAGGCUUCCCCUGGUACCAAAGCAACAGUGGCGUGAUCCUCCUCACACUGCUUUCCUCAGGCCGUAUCUCCAAGGAUAUAGUUCAUAUCAUGGCAAAGCACUGACAGAUGUUGAUCAGAUAAUUAAUAGAUGGAAUCCCCAGUGUCCUUCGGUAGACUCCAUGUCUUCUGUGCAUGGACCAGAUUCUUCAAUCCACAACCAUAAACUGAGUAAUUCACUAUUUUCCCUGAUAUUUUUCACUGACAAACUUUAUCAGUGUUGUUUUUGUUUUCUUUCAGGUCAUUGUUCAAAAAAUACUGAAUUUUCUAGGGCCCAAAUUUGGCUUCUGGGGCACCUCUGUGAAGUAAGAACUCCUGCCAUGUGUUGGUUUCAUGAAAAAAAAUCAAAUUAAUUGGUACUAAAUACAUUAGCAUCUUCUAAUGCACUAUUAACUGACUCCCAUAUGAACUAUUUCCUCACUUUGGUCAGCAUUGGAACUGGUCUGUCAAGUCUAUAACUGUUUGUGUAAGUUUGUUUAUGCUUUUUGGUACCACAUUAGCUCCAUUCUUUGAAAUUGUUCUAUUGAUCUUCUUCCAGCAUUUUUCAAAAUUCGAGAUAACUGAUAUUUGCCUUAAAACUUUUGACUACCCUCUUCCUUAAUUACUGUUCUAAUGAAAGGAUUUUACCAUCACUGUGUGAUGUGGCACAAAUACAUCAACAGGCCAUUUCCCACAUUUUUCAGUAUAAGAAUUUCAUGCUGGUACAUUUCUACAUAAUACUUUUUUUCUCAGCCAGUUUGAACACCGAUCCUUAUACUUUUCUAGGAUCAUUUACAUCCAAGUUUACAGUCCUUAAAAGAAGGAAUUUAAAAGUGCCAGUGCCCCAUCUCCUCUGUUUGCUAAGUUUAUAGGCUGUGUAAAUCCAUGUUCUUGAGUUGAAGCUUUAAGGGAGUUAAAUAUUUUUUUCCUAGAAUAAACAGUCCCAGUUUCUUUUCAUUAUUCAAGCUACUUGUGUUAGGAAAUAGGCAACUUAAAAAUUCUUCUUUCAUCUUUAUUUGGUGUAUUUUAUUCCUAAGAAAGUUUGGGUUUUGGACUAAACCUAGAAGAGAGAAAAAAAUGCUGUUUUCAUCCCUACUGCUCUUAAUUUAAAAAACUUCUGGUUAAAUGUUCCCUUAUUUCCCCUUAAAAUUUCUAUAAUGAGACAGUAAACUAUUCCAGACUGAUUCCCAAACACUCAGAGGACAUAUGGAGCUGGGUGAGUGGAGUGAUUUGUUUUGCUGUGAAUAAGGAAUCUUUCUGAGUGUAAUUCACAUUCAAAGCUCUGUGAAGAGAUAUUUUGAUUCUAAGUCUGACAAGAAAAUUACCAGCACUUGCUAAGGCAAAAUAAUGAAAAGCCCACCCAUAUGCAAGCUAUUUUGAACAGAAUUAGAACAGAAGAGAAUAUAAAUAAAAAGAAUAGAAUAGAGUAGACUCUUUCAGUUGGAAGGGACCUGCAGCUAUCAUCUUGUCCAACUGCCUGAGCAGUUCAGGGCUAGCCAAAAGUUAAAGCAUAUUGUUAAGGGAAUUGUCCAAAUGUUUCUUAAACUCUGAUAAGCCUGAGGCUUUGACAACCUCUCUAGGAAGUUUGUUCCAAUGUUUGACCACCAUCAUGGUAAAGAAAUGCUUCCUAGAAUCCAAUUUACAUCUUUUAUGGGACAGCUUUGAGCCUUAUCCCUGAGUCCUGUCACUGGAUACUUGAGAGAAGAGACCAGAAGCUCCCACUCUGCUUCCCCUCCUCUGAAGUAGAGAGCAGUGAGGACACCCCUCAGCCUCCUUUUCUCCAAACUAGACAAACACAAAGUAUGUAGCUGCUCCUCAUAGGACAUGCUUUCCAGCCCUGGUUAAUUGUCAGUAAUAGUGCAGUUGUACAAUGCAUAUGUAGCAUUGGCUUAAUUUUAUUUAUGUUAAUAUAAGCUCCUUUUCCUCAGACUUCAAUCUGAUAUAGUUUCAAAUCUAGUUUCAAAUAAAGGAAAGAGCCCUGAAAAUAUAAGCAAUGACUAUUUUCCCCCAAAUUUCAAAGAGGAAAAUAAAUUCUCCUGACACCAUAUUUUUAUGAUCCUGUUCCUUAUUUAUAAAACCUCUAUUUUGAGCUUAAUUUCUUAGUGAUUCUUUUGAAUAUAAUCAAGAGAGAAAACUCUAGAGUGUUGUAAAAUAGAAGUAUUUUCCCGUUCUCUGAGAAAUAUUCAACAUUGACAAUAACAGCAUAUCAUUUAGUGGGCCAUAACCCACUAACCUGCCCCUAAAUGCAAUUUUCAUAGUCAUAUCCUCAACAGGUGAGGGUUUCUGUAGUACUUCCAAGAAAUGGGAAACCGUCUGAGACAACUUAUGAGCAGGAGCAGAGGAGUGUCCAAAGACUGAAGUCUGGUGUGAGGUUAGAGGAUGUGGGUAGAGUCUCCUGUUCUCUCAGUGAAGUCUUCUCCUCUGCUUGGGUUUCCAGUGCUGACUGGGGGGCCGCUCAGCGGGACCUACAGGCUGCGCCAGAUUCACUUCCACUGGGGAUCCAAUGACGAGGCCGGCUCUGAGCACACGGUGGACGGGAUGAAGUAUGCGGCAGAGCUUCAUGUGGUCCAUUGGAAUGCAGAAAAGUAUUCCAGUUUUGUUGAGGCAGCUUCUCAGUCAGAUGGACUAGCAGUCAUGGCUGUAUUUCUGAAGAUUGGUGAAUGCAACCCUCAGCUGAACAAGAUUACUGACCGCUUGGACACCAUCAGAAUUAAGUGUCCUGCUGGCAUUGAGGAAAGUCACAGCAAAGCUGUCACUGAGGGAAAAAAAGCACUAUUCACAAACUUUGAUCCCAGCUGUCUGCUUCCCAAGUCCCUGGACUACUGGACUUACUUUGGCUCUCUCACUGUUCCACCUCUUCUUGAGAGUGUCAUCUGGAUUGUUCUGAGAGAGCCCAUAAGUGUUUGUUCUGAACAGCUGGCCAAAUUCCGCAGCCUCCUGAGCACUGCUGAGGAUGAGGUUGCCUGCUGCUUGCUGAGAAACUUCCGGCCUCCCCAGCCUCUAAGGGGACGAGAAGUCAGAAGGAAUUAAAGGAGUAAAUCCAAAGUAGCCUCCCUCUGAAACCAAAGGCUGAAUUCAUUUUAAUACUUAAUAUACUUUGUGAUUUUAAUUUUUUUUCUUUUCUUUUCUUUUUUUGAUUUUUUUGUGAGUUGUUUUAACAAAUAGCUGUUGUUUUAUUAGUAGUUUACCAUGCAGUCAUUUCUCACAGGCAGGUAUAUCCGGAGAUGUCACAGGGUCAUUGAUGUUAACAGGUCUGACUGGGUUUGAGUGCAUUGGCUUGGAAGCAGUGAGCCAUCAGCAUUGCCUACACAGAGGUCACUGCUAAUCAUAAGGGUCAAACGUGGUGAAGGAGUUGCCCAGAUUUUGUCACCAAAUUACUGAACAGGAUCCCUGGUAUUAUUAACAGUAUAGGAUAUUCUGGGAUUAUUCUUCUGGUCUCUAACAUAAUAUUUAGCUUCUUUAUAAAUCUCACACUGCAGUUCUCAAGGAAAAAAUAUUUCAAGGAUGAUGUAAUUUCACUGCUGACUUUUGCAAUACCAUGCUUACUUUCCUACAAAAAGCAGUAAUGACUAGCAACAUUUAAGUAAAACAGAUGAUCCUGUUAUUCUGGCUGCUUCAUAGCAGUAAUCAUCUACUGAUUGAUAUUUUUUUUUUUUAAAGCAAAUAGUAAGAAUUUUGUAUAUUGCAAGAUCAUGUCAGGUAGAAUAGGUAUUCCUGAAUUUCACAACGUGACAAGAUGGAAUUGUCCUGAAACCUGAAAACUGCAAGUUGAAAGGGCAUAGAGGAAGCUGUUUCUUCCUAAAUCCAGUUUGUUGCAUUGGCUGAAAAAUAAGGGAUUAUUACACUAUAUCCAUGUAGUGUCAGACUUUGUGACUUAAAAUCAAGAGGCAGGGGUAGCUGUUGUUCCAGACUGUUGGACACUGCAGUGUGAACCAUGUGUUGCUUGCCUCUCAUCUCACUGUGGAGCACAGUACUACCCAGGUAUAGAAUGUCUCAAGGUGCUGGCUGAUGUUCUGCUCUCAUAGCUGAACUUCAGUGAUUACACUUAUAUUCCAAGACCAAAGAGAAUAGUCAGAGAGCCAAAGAUAUUGGAAUCAAGUCAACAUCUAAUAAAAAGCUGAGUCCUCAAUAGCAAUAUAUUGAAACUUCUGGCUUUAUGAGUUGACUUGAGCCUGUGUUUCUCUCAGGAGCUUUUUUAAUCUGAAUAUAAUUGGGGGUUUUACACAAAUAUUUUUAUUACUGAACAUUCCAUAGGAUGUAGCUUAGGAUAGAAUUAGAUUUACUCUCAGCUAAGCUCCGAGAUCUACAUAUUGAAACCCACUGAUACCUGAAAGAGGCAGCUAGAGGUUUUACUGGCAGCAACUAACACCAAUCACUGUAGUACUUCUGACAAAUUCAUCUUCCAUGACUGCUCUCCUUGAAUUCAUUUUUAAGUAGGUUUUAUAUGCUCUGCCUUUUACCUCAAUAGGUCAUUUGAACGUAGAUGAAAAAACCUGAGGGAAAUCACAAUCAGGAUUGACUUUAUAUGCUGUUUUAGAACAAUAAAUUAGACAGAGAUAUAUUUUAUCUUAGUUUAAGAUAUGUGGACUUUUUUGUUUUCUCCUCCCCAGAAUAUAGCUAUUAUAUCCUGCAAGGCCUACCAAUGCCUUUUGAGUAUUUUUUGAAGAAAAGAUCACAAACAGACCAUUGGAGAACUAAAAGGCAUUUAGCAGCACUAAAAAGAAAAAUGGGAGUGUGUUGUAUGUUUUCACUCCUUUUUUAGACUUAGGAUUUGAUGUCAUAUGUUUCCCUGUUAUGUGAGUAGCUACAGAAUGUGGAAAAAGAUGUUUACAAGUUGCAAGAAGGAUACAAAGGAUAUGUUUGUCUCAGAAGAGAAAGGAAUAAGGCUACUGCUACAUAUCGUAAACAGAAGUUUUACAUAUUUCUUACAUAUUGUAAACAGUGGAGUUGAUUCAAUGCUUUAUAUUUAUAAGGAUUUUAUCAAAAUAAAAUAUGGAUUUUA